AUGAGCGCAGCUAUUCAAGACGUUUCUAGCAAGACUUUCGACUAUGUCAUCAUUGGAGGAGGAACUGCGGGCCUUACGAUUGCAGCUCGUCUGUCCGAAGACCCAAAUAUUUCAGUUGUAGUGCUCGAAGCCGGACUCGAGCGACUUGGAGAUCCACUUAUCGACAUUCCGGCUCAGUUCGGGGUACAUCUCGGCGAUCCGCGUUAUUCUUGGGACUUUACAACCGUUCCUCAAAAGAACGCAAAUAAUCGUUCAAUUCCAUGGUUUCGCGGCAAAGCGCUUGGUGGAAGCUCCGCUAUUAACUACUACGUCUGGAACAAACCGCCUGUGGCGGAUAUAGACGCAUGGGAGGAGUUGGGAAACCCUGGCUGGAACUGGAACCGAUUCAAUGAGUAUUCGAAGAAAUGCGAAGGGUUCACAGCCCCGGACGAAGAGUUAUCAAGGAAGUACAGGCAGAAAUACAAUAUCGAUUCGUAUGGCUCCUCAGGACCACUUAAAAUGACUUUCCCUUCUGUCGUGGCUGGGCCCGAAAUCCCGUUCCAUCAGGCAUUGCUCAACGCAGGUAUCAAAGUCGCAAAAGAUCCGAAUAAUGGUGAUCCGAUCGGAACAUGGAUGGCUCCAUGUACUCUUGAUCCCAAGUCACAGACUCGGAGCUAUGCGGCAUCGGCAUUUUAUCAUCCUAAUGUGUCAAGGCCUAAUCUUCGUGUCCUUUGCGGUGCUCUAGUGCAUCGCAUUGUCACUGAUGGGACAAGCCAUAAAGCUGAAUCAGACGACCUAGUAAAAGCCUAUGCUGUCGAGUUUGAGUACGAAGAAAACGUAUAUUCUGUUUCUGCUGCGAAAGAGGUUGUCGUAAGCGCUGGCGCCUUGAAAUCGCCUCAAAUCCUGGAGUUGUCGGGAAUCGGAAAUCCAAAAAUUCUGGGUCCUCUUGGAAUAGAUGCGAUAGCCAAUCUUCCUGGAGUCGGUGAAAACAUGCAGGAACAUAUGAUUUGUGGAGUCAUUUUUGAACUGGACCCGAAGCACAACUUUGAGACUCUCGAUUCAUUCGCCGACGCGGCGUACAAGGAAAAGCAGCUGCUUCUUCAUGCAAAGGGAGAGGGUACAUGUAGACUGGGUCUAUCUGGAUUCACGUUCCUCUCACUUUCAGCUGUUUCUUCUGCUGAGACUGCACGUGAAAUCAUCACCAGAGCACACGAGUGCGUUAAGAUUAAAAAGGAGAAGGGCUCGUUGCCUCUGGGACUCUACGAGCAAUACGAAAAGCUAUUUGACUUGUUCGAGAACGGCCCUGGAGGAGAAAGUGAAAUCGCCUGCUUUCCAGGAUGGAUUGGGAAAGGAUCUCCCGAGGCAGGGAAGAACUACGUCACUAUUUGUGUGAAUUUGACUCGCCCAUUCAGCCGUGGGACAAUUCAUGUUGCGUCGAAGGAUCCCCAUGUUCAGCCCGAGAUAGAUCCUCAUUACUUUGAGGAGCCCAUUGAUCUCGAAGUUAUGGCUGAGACGAUCAAAUUUAUUCGGAAAAUCGCUGAACUCGAGCCCUUCAAGGACAUCAUUUCACGCGAAGUCGCACCAGGCCCAUUAAUCAAGGGAGACGGACCUAUCCAAGAGUUUCUCAAAGACAACGUUGGAGCAAUGUUUCACGCUACAGGAACGCUAAGCAUGCUUCCACAUACCUUUAACGGUGUAGUUGACGCAAAUUUACGAGUCUACGGGACACGGAACAUCCGUGUUGCAGAUCUAAGCAUUGCCCCGCUGCAUGUUGCAGCACAUACACAAAGUUUAGCGUAUGUGAUUGGAGAGCAAGCUGCAGACAUCAUCCGUGGACACAUUCCCGAAGUCAGAGAAAUAGGAAGUAACGCCUAA